AUGUCUCACGAGCCGGCCGCAGCAUCCGGCCAACUCACAAGACAACACGUGCUGAACCCCAUCACGGCGCUCGCCUUCUACACCAGCGCGACAAAUAAACGCCGCUACGUCCUGGUCGGCGAGGACACCGAUGUCAAGAUCUACGACGUGCAGUCUGCACGGCUGUGUGUGCGGCUGAAGGUGUUUCGCGCGCAGGCUGUUCACGGGAUUGCUGUGCCCCCUUCGGCCGCCGCUGAGGUGACAGGUGCAGGUAGAGAAAAUUAUGGUACUGGUGCUGAUGAUAAAGAUGGAACUCCGGACCUGGGGAGGAAGCAGGUCCUCGUAUGGGGCGGCCAAUCCGUGAGCGUGCUGCCCGGCCAGCUCAUCGAGGAGCUGUUACUCGUUUCAGCCCGAGGGGAUUCAUCCCACGUCGAAGUUGCAGUCGCAGUCGCAGUCGAGGCCAGGGCCCCGGAUUGGAUCCUCGACGGCCGCGUCUCGCCCUUCGACAGUGACCGUGUCGUGCUGCUGACCGCGCACAACGAGGUCCUCGAGGCGCGCGUGAGCAUUGCCGACGAGGAAAACGGCCGGCAGACCCUCGUCUCCGGCGCUGUGAGGUCGCCCUCGCGGCCGAUCCUGUACUCGGGCAACUUCUUCUGGGAGGCGCCGGACUGCGUGCUCGUCGCGGCGGGGACGGUGUUCGGCGAGAUCCUGGUGUGGAAGUGCCGUCUGGGCUCGGCGGGAGAGGGCCGCGAGGAGGAGCCGAGUUGCGAGGUGCUGUUUGUGUUCUCGGGCCACGAGGGGUCUAUCUUCGGGGUCCAUAUCUCGCCGGUCAUCGAGAGCGCGGCGGGGGAGGAGAUCAGGUUGCUGGUGAGCUGUAGUGAUGACCGGACGAUACGGGUCUGGGAUAUCACGGAGAGGCGGGAUAUGCCAAAGGAUGGGGACGAGGGCUAUGGGAGGCGUAUUGAGGAUGCACGACAGACGGGGUUUGGUGAUAGUGUCGAGGUGGCGGCACAUGGUGAGAGCCGUUCUAGGUGUGUGGCUACUGUCAUGGGCCAUGCGUCGCGGAUAUGGCAGGUUGAGUUUCCACAGAAGCAAAAGCUCUUCCCAACAGACGGCAUCGUGGAAUUAUACUCCUUUGGGGAGGAUGCUACCGCGCAGAAAUGGCAUCUGAAGCUAGGCGAGAGACAAUCGUCUGCGAGGCUCGCGAACGAGACCUCGAAGAGUGGCAAGGAACAGCUUGCGGUCUUGACGCAUCAGUCCACGUAUUCGAACCACAGCGGGAAGAACUUGUGGUCUCAUGCUAUGACCUAUAGCGACGAGGGUAACGUCCUGAUCGCCACCGGCGGCGCUGAUGGCAAGGUGGCCGUCAUUGGCGAUGGUCUAGCGGAUACUUUCCCAGACCCAGACGGUCAGAUGGCUCUGCAAGGAAGCCAGAUGAUCGGCCUGUACCUCGCAGACGUGGUAGAGUCAUGCUCUCAGCAUCCCAAGUCCUCGGCCUUGACAGACUCCUCAGAUACGCCGACCGUACGCAACAAAAACCUCAGGGAAGUAUUCCACCGCUAUACUUUCGUCACGGAGGACCGGCUACUCGUCGUCACGAAUACCGGCCGGGCUUUUGUCGGCACUUUCGGUGACGAACUCACGUGGGAAGCACUCGUUAUCCCCAAUGAAACCCGCCAGGCCAUGCUAUCGUACUCUGUACUGGAGAGCUCGCAGGCCGCUGGCAUGGCUUUCGUUGGAACCACAGGUGGUGACGUGUUCUGCUAUAGUACAUCUACUGGGAAUCAGCUCCGAACAUUAACUAAAGUCCACGGCAAGGUCACGGAGAUAUUCCGCCUAUCUGAUGUCGGCGACGCGUCCUCGAAGAGUGGCCACACCCAGAUCCUCAUCACGAUCUUCGGCAGCGACAAGGCCGAGAUCCUCAGUCUCGACUCCAGCGCUGCACUGACGCGACGUACCGAGGUCACCCUAGAGGCAAGCUGCCACGUAACCGCCGCCUCCUUCUGCCGGGGAUAUCUCGUGCUCGGCUCAAGAAAGGGCAGCAUCUCGAUCCUCAGCCAGACGGCCGAGGGCAAGUACACUACGACACUCACCUUCGAAGUCAAACGCAAAGAAUCGAUCACCUCGAUCCUCCCUCUUCCCAGCCGCUCCGCCGACUCGCCCGCCUACUUCCACAGCACCGGCCGCGACGGCAAGUACCGCAUCCACGAGAUCCAGCGGAGGCCCGACGGCGCCCUCGGCGUCACCCUCCUGCACGAGACAACGCCCCCUUUUGGGCCCAAUAUCGAAGGGGCCUGGUUCACCCCUAGCACGCCCUCCCCCGCUAUCACCACUGCCAAUGACAUCUCCACUACUACCACCACCACUCCCCAAGACCUCAUUCUCUGCGGCUUCCGCAGUAAGCACUUCGUCGUCUGGAACGCCACACGCGCCCAAGAAAUCGCCGCCGUCGAGUGUGGCGGGGCGCACCGCAGCUUCGCGUACACCGCCAUCUCCUCCAAGAGCUCCGACGGCCUGCGCUUCGCGUUCACCAAGGCGGCGCAGAUGCACGUCUUCUCGCAGACGCGCGUCGCGCACCGCACGGUGAAGACGGGCGGGCACGGACGCGAGAUCAAGGCCGUGAGCGCCAGCGUGAUGACAAAAACAGAAAAGGGGAAAGGGAGGAGGGAAGGAAGAGGAAGAGAUGGGAGGAGGUUGGUGGCGACGGCGGCGGAGGAUACAAUCAUCCGGAUAUGGGAGGACUGCGGUGGGGAGAUGGGAAACGCGAGGGAAAGAGACGGAAACGGAGCAGCAGGACUCCGCUGCGUCGCGGCGCUCGAGAGGCACAAUGCCGGCAUCCAGGCGCUAAAGUGGCACGGGGACCGCUACCUCUUCAGCAGCGGCGGCAACGAGGAGUUCUUCGUCUGGCGCACCAACGCGCUGAUGGACAGCGAAUUGAACGGCGGGGGGCUGGCCGUCGUGUGCGACGCCGUGUUCACCGACCGGUCCAAGGUGGGCGAUUUGCGGAUCAUGGAUUUCGACGUCCACACACUCGUGGACGAACAUGAAAGCAGCGAAACUACCUAUAGGGAUGGAGAAGGGUCGCGGUUCUGCAUCUCGAUGGCGCUGUCGAAUUCCACUGUGCAGAGUUAUGUCUACACCGCGCAGGACGGCUUCACGCUGUUGGGAAGGCGCACGUACACGGGUGCAUGUCUGACGCAGUUGCGACAUCUGGGGUUCAACAUGGAUGGGCGGCCUGUGGUCUUGACUGCUGCUACGGAUGGGCAUCUGGCUGUAUUUGGGGAUAUCACAGCCCCUCCCACCGAGGACACAGAGGUUGAAAUAAAGGACGACGAUUCUACCGAGGAGAUAAUGGCCACGAAACUCCACCAGAGCACCAUCAAGGCCCUCGACAUGCGCCAGAUCGCCACCGAGACGGGGACGUCGUAUCUAGUCGUCACGGGCGGCGACGACGACGCGUUGGGGGUGCUGCAUUUGUAUCUCCCCCGGCCUCCGCGCCUGUCUGCAGGAACAUCCCAGCCGCCCCACGGAUACGAAGUCAAAAGCAGAUCCAUCGUCCGCUCCGCGCACGCCGCCGCCAUCACGGGCGUCGCGAUCGCGCGGCUCGAUCGCGGGGGCAGGGACGCCGUGGUCGUCAGCUCGAGCAACGACCAGCGCGUCAAGACGUGGCGGGUUGUGGACUGGCAGUCGUCGUCAUUACCUUCCCUUUCAUCUUCACCCUCAGAUUCAGUUUCGGCCUCAGCUUCGGCAUCAGCGAGAACAUCAGCAAAUCACGGUGUCAGAGUUCAGCUGCUGGAUGAUCGGUACAGCUCCGUAGCCGACGCUGGGGGGCUGGAGGUCUUGGGUAAGGAGAAUGGGGAUCAGGACGAAGAUGAUAUUGAUGGUGGUAACGGUGGAGGCACGAGGGUCCUGAUAUGUGGUAUAGGUAUGGAAAUCUGGGCCAUUGGGGGUUGA